CUCUAUUACGUAUGUUACAACAUGCAGUUUCCAAAGAAUUGUUUUAUACAGCUAUAAAGAAGUUUCUAAAUAUAUACUCGAGAAAUGCCGAUAAAUUCUGGAUCGCUUCGCAAGCUGCGCUAGAAGCAUAUUUUCCGGAAAAGAGCACGGCACGUUCCGAUCAUUUUUUGAGUACUCUGCAGUAUGUGCUAUAUUACUCUAGUAUAAACUAUACCCGGUUUGAUGUAACAAAGAUGAUAAAUAAUUGGAUUUAUCCAUCACAACAUUAUCCUGUGCUAAAAAUAACAAAAACAAAUUCUAAAUCAGCGGUGAUUUCAGUGGAAAAUUAUAAUUCAUGGGAGGAAAAAAUGCCAUUGAUACCUGUGACAACAAUAACAUUACAACUCAAUUCUGAAAUACAUCAAAAUUCUGAUAUUAUAUGGCUAAAGCCAACCAAUAACGGUUCUAAACCGUACGAUGAUCUUGUAUUGAAUUUCAAUUUUCAUUGGAUAAUAAUCAAUAUUGAACAAGCUGGAUAUUAUCGAGUUAAUUAUGAAGUUGACAAUUGGCGAAACAUUGCAAAUUAUUUGUAUAACAACUACAAAAAAAUACAUGUUCUUAAUCGUGCUCAAAUGAUUAUAAUAAUACGUAUGAAACAUAUUUUGAGCAAUCUCCUUAAUAAUAUCGGAUAUCUAGAAACAUUUAAUGAUGAUGACUUUACUAAAUCCUUAAGACAAGAAGCUGCAAGAUGGGCAUGUAUUUUCGGCGUAUCCCAAUGUCUAAAUAAUGCCAGUUUUCAUUUAUUACAUAAUCUUCGCAAUCCUGAUGGACAUAGAAUUUUAUCAUGGUGGAAAAGUUGGACAUUUUGUAAUGGUCUUACGGAAUCUGAAUUUGAUAACAGCACUUGGUGGUUACUGUACGAUACGUGGAAAAAAUCUAAUGAUAACGCGAUAAUGGAAUUUGCAUCUUGUAGUAGAUCUUCUUAUGUUAUUCACAAUUAUUUGAACCUAACAAUUAAUACAUCGGAAGAUUGUAAUUCUGGAAAUGAAUGUAAGGAUGUAAAUAUGCUAGCCAAAAAACGUGUUAAUCGUUUCUUGUACACUAUUGCAAAACAUGCAAAAGAAAGAACAAUACUUGAAUACAUAAAAGAAAAUUAUGAAAAAAUAAAACCAAAGGAAGUUAGUACUAUUACAGCAUUUAUUAUUAUUAUUAACCAUAUACAUUCUUGGGAACGACUUGAAGAGGAGGAUGCAGGCAAAGUAGCACAAUGUGCAGGUUGUGCGUGCCUGAACUAA